UGAGGGAUCUGACCGUGUGGUGACGGGAUGUGGAUUGGUUGGUAGAUGUUUUUUUGCAGAAGGACUUUUUAACAGUUUAUUGGGAGUUUAUUCUCAGUCUUACCGGUUUCUGGGAUUGCAGCUCGAGAUUACAUUUGUUAAACUUCCAUCAGCUGGGUGGGAAUCUGUGUAGGGGGUGGGGGGUGAAGCGAAGAAGAGAACUGAAGACUGAACGGGGAAGCUCAGAAAAUUCUCCGCAUUGCUUAUAAACAGCCGGUUAAGGUCAGGCUAGCCACAUUUUACUCUUUCCUGCGCCUUUGGAGAGUGCUGGAAUUUUACUUUGUGCUUCAAGUGGUCUUGUAGUGUAGCUGAGAACGUUUGGGGUGAGUUAAAAUGGUCUUCAAUUGAAGUAUGAUUUAGCAGCCAUUUCAUUCCAUGAAAUCUUGCAAAUCAUUUAUAAACUUAUGUUGGUCGAAUAUAUCAGGCGAAGUAACAUUGUUAGUAAUGCGGUAGUUUCCUUAUAUAGAUAUAGCAGUGGACCUCAAGUAAUAUUGCUUAUUGCAGGCAUCUACUGUGCAGUGAUGACAGAGUGGUAGGCCUGAUUAUAGUUCUUUUUGAGGCCUUAUUAACAGUAAACAAAGAACUUUUGUGGAUUGUGUCAUUUUGAGGUCAUUUGUACCUUUAAUGUAUCAUCUAUUUAAAUAGGUCUUUAUAUACGUGUUCACACGAUAUGUUACCCUUUAAUGUCCAUGUUUCUUAUAUUCUAGACUACGGUUACAUAAUACACAAAUGGUGACACUUUUAAUUACUCAGUUUUGUCCUAUGAAGGCUGCACACCAUCUUUAUGGAAGAGGUGUGUAUGUGUUCUUACUGAUGCCACCGAAUUCUUUUCCAUCUCGAAUGUGAAAAUGAAUUAUUUUACAUUCUAGGUAAAAUCAACACUGGAAAAAUGAAGGUGCUUAAGCAAGUCUAGUAGCUCUAUAUAAGACAGAAUCUUUUUUUUUUUCUUUAGACCAACUGUUGGAUUUUAAAAAUGAAUCAUUUUUAUACAUUUGAGGGAGCAGUUUGCUUCUUUCUCAGUCUCAUUUUAGGCUGAAAUUGUUCCAGAAAACUACAUAGCCUGCUUGUUUCUCUCCCACUCCCCUCUUUUUAGCUUGAGAUAACCAAGAAGACAUAAUUGUGAUUAUGUUACCUUUUAAAAAAGUUGUUUUAAAGCUGAAGUUGCUUGUUUGAAUAUUUACUAUCCCUUUACAUACUUUACUACUUAAUAAUGGAUUAGCAGAAGACAACAGAUGUUUUAAUUAAAUGCCUUUCAUAUUUUUGACAUCUGAGCUUUGUUAAAAUUGAGUAGCAUCAGCAAAUUAUUGCUGAGAGUUGCAAAUCAUACAGGAUUAGUGCUGGUCAAAGGCUAGUUGUACAAGACAGCAAGAAAAUAAAAAGACGUAAGAGAAUCCAUUUAUACUUUUGACAUCGCUUACUCUACUAUAAAUUGCCUAUUGCUAGGUGACUUUUGAAAACGAGUGUCUUGUAAAUCUCUCAUUAGGUAUAUAAUAGUUAAUAAUUUUUCUUUCCAGAGUGAUUCAUUUGAUAAGUGACUAAAUUUUUUUUUUUUAUCAGAACUCUACUUCAGGUAAGUAUAGUUAACCAUGUAAGCGAUGUGCUGAUAUUUAUUUCAGGAAGAAUGAACACUUACCCAUUUGAUAAAAUAAAUACUAAACUGUUUGGAAAUAUGUCAGUUAUUCCGUAAAAAUUAUGCUGAGAAAAACUAUGCUAGUUUUGUUUUAACUCUAGGCUCUUUCUUUAGAAAAGUGGUCUUCACAUUUAUAAAUAUAAGAGCAGAUAAGUACGAGAGAUCUAUUCUCUGAUACGGUGGCAUUAUUGCAUUAAAUAUUUUAUUUUUUUGUUGUAGGGACCAGUUUUGUUUAGUGUUCCUGUUGAGUCUCACAGAAGCUGCAAUGGUUUUCCUCCUUCUCUGUUACUUGUAUCUGACCACUGGGGGGAGACUUUACAAUUGGGCUUAACUAUAUUCCACCUUUACAUAUACCUUGGCUGCUAAUCAUCCUGGGCACUUUGCCAAACUGCUGCAAUGCAGCAAGUCUUGGAAAACCUUACGGAGCUGCCUUCAUCUACUGGAGCAGAAGAAAUAGACCUAAUUUUCCUCAAGGGAAUUAUGGAGAAUCCUAUUGUAAAAUCACUUGCUAAGGCUCAUGAGAGGCUAGAAGAUUACAAACUAGAAGCUGUCAGUGACAAUAAUUUGGAAUUAGUCAAUGAAAUUCUUGAAGACAUCACUCCUCUAAUAAAUGUGGAUGAAAAUGUGGCAGAACUGGUUGGUAUACUCAAAGAGCCACACUUCCAGUCACUGUUGGAGGCCCAUGAUAUUGUGGCAUCAAAGUGUUAUGAUUCACCUCCAUCAAGCCCAGAAAUGAAUAAUUCUUCUAUCAGUAAUCAAUUAUUACCAGUAGAUGCCAUUCGUAUUCUUGGUAUUCACAAAAGAGCUGGGGAACCAUUGGGUGUGACAUUUAGGGUUGAAAAUAAUGAUCUGGUAAUCGCCCGAAUCCUUCAUGGGGGAAUGAUAGAUCGACAAGGUCUCCUUCAUGUGGGAGAUAUAAUUAAAGAAGUCAAUGGUCAUGAGGUUGGAAACAAUCCAAAGGAAUUACAAGAAUUACUGAAAAAUAUUAGUGGAAGUGUCACCCUAAAAAUCUUACCAAGUUAUAGAGAUACCAUUACUCCUCAGCAGAGUUACAUCAAUAUGGAGAGGCAUCCAGCAGACAUCCAUCAGGUAUUUGUGAAGUGUCAUUUUGAUUAUAAUCCAUACAAUGAUAACCUAAUACCUUGCAAAGAAGCAGGAUUGAAGUUUUCCAAAGGAGAAAUUCUUCAGAUUGUAAAUAGAGAAGAUCCAAAUUGGUGGCAGGCUAGCCACGUAAAAGAGGGAGGAAGUGCUGGUCUCAUUCCAAGCCAGUUCCUGGAAGAGAAGAGAAAGGCAUUUGUUAGAAGAGACUGGGACAAUUCAGGACCUUUUUGUGGAACUAUAAGUAGCAAAAAAAAGAAAAAGAUGAUGUAUCUCACAACCAGAAAUGCAGAAUUUGAUCGUCAUGAAAUCCAGAUAUAUGAGGAGGUAGCCAAAAUGCCUCCCUUCCAGAGAAAAACAUUAGUAUUGAUAGGGGCUCAAGGUGUAGGCCGAAGAAGCUUGAAAAACAGGUUCAUAGUAUUGAAUCCAACUAGAUUUGGAACUACAGUGCCAUUUACUUCACGGAAACCAAGGGAAGAUGAAAAAGAUGGCCAGGCGUAUAAGUUUGUGUCACGAUCUGAGAUGGAAGCAGAUAUUAAAGCUGGAAAGUAUUUGGAACAUGGGGAAUAUGAAGGAAAUCUCUAUGGAACCAAAAUUGAUUCUAUUCUUGAGGUUGUCCAAACUGGACGGACUUGCAUUCUGGAUGUCAACCCACAGGCACUGAAAGUAUUGAGGACAUCAGAGUUCAUGCCCUAUGUCGUCUUCAUUGCUGCUCCAGAGUUAGAGACGUUACGUGCCAUGCACAAAGCUGUGGUGGAUGCAGGAAUCACUACCAAGCUUCUGACGGACUCCGACUUGAAGAAAACAGUGGAUGAAAGUGCACGGAUUCAGAGAGCGUACAAUCACUAUUUUGAUUUGAUCAUCAUAAAUGACAAUUUAGACAAAGCCUUUGAAAAACUACAGACUGCCAUAGAGAAACUGAGAAUGGAACCACAGUGGGUCCCAAUCAGCUGGGUUUACUGAUGAUUCAGUAAGGUUAACAAUGAAAUUAAACUUUUAAAAAGUGACUGCAACAAAUAAACCUUCUACUGAGAAAAUACAUCACAGAUAGAAGAUAUCUGCCAAGUCCAGGCAUUUUUAUGGUGUAGAUUGAAAUAACAGUACACUGUUCUGAAUUUUUAUAUAAAAUGUGAUUGGGAAGGUGUACUAAUAUAUAAUUUAUCUUAAUUUUUCUAACUUUGUAUGGAUAAUCUUUCUAUUCAUAUCACAUAAAGAAAUGCGUUGAAGCAUUUUGUAUAUGUUUUGAUUUAGUACCCUUGCCUUUUUCAUCAAAGGAAUUUUCAAAUCAUUCACUCUAACAUUGGUCUCACAUUUUCACUGUGAUAAUGAAUAUUACUUGAAAUAGUUUUGUAAAGCUGUCAUUUAGUUCAGUAUUCAAAUAGUGAAGGGUUAGUCUUAUCAGAAGAAAAUAGUUACUGACCUUCCUUAUAAAUUUCUUACAAAAGCAGAAUUUUAAUGUCAGUGUUAUAGCUAGUCUACUACCAUCUAAAUCUGAUAUCAAAAGUCUGAUCAGUUUACAUAUUUUCAUUAUUUCAGAGAUGUAUGGCUAUCCAUUCUAAUUUAAACAGAUAGUUUUGUCUCUUCAUUUCUAUCUUUACUGAAAAAUUGAAGAGCAAUACCUUGCACUCUCUUAUGAAGUUAUUCUUUUUAUUUGUUGCAGUGAGUGAUAUGCUGAUGCUAACUAAUUUAACAUGUACACAGUAAGCUCUGGGGCUUGGAAGCAAGGUCAUGCAGACUGAGAGAGUGCCUUAUCCUGUAAAACCUUACAGCAAAAUGACACUUGAAGAAAGUUUAUUUUCACAUGUAAAAUUUUAACUGACAAAAGGAACCUACUACUUUAAACAGUGUUUUUAUUAGAACAUGGUCUGCAAAUGUGUCAUGAGUCUGCAAAUUUUUGUUAUGUUUAAAGAUGCCUCUAAGUUUGCAGUUGGAGGUUUUUGUGAAUCAUCAAUGUGCUUUUAGAAAUGUGAUGUGAUCCUUAGGGUGCCUGUUCUGUCUGUUGUGUUGAGAACCAAAUCCAUUGAACAACUUAAAAAAUUUGGAAAUAAUUGUCAGCUAUUUUGUAUACAUACACACAAAAUAUAUACAUUAUAUAAUAUGUAUAUUAUGUAUUAUAUAUAUUAAAUAAUGUUUUGUAUAUUUUUUACAUAUCUGUUAAGAAAUGUAGUUUUUUGUUUUUUGAGAUGGAGUCUCUCCGUUGCCCAGGCUGGAGUGCAGUGGUGUGAUCUUGGCUCUCUGCAGCCUCCACCUCCUGGGUUCACGAGAUUCUCGUGCCUCAGCCUCCCAAGUUGCUGGGAUUACAGGUGCACACCACCAUUCCUGGCUAAUUUUGUAUUUUUAGUAGAGACAGGGUUUCACCAUGUUGGUCAGGCUGGUCUCAAACUCCUGACCUCAAGUGAUCCACCCACCUUGGUCUCCCAAAGUGCUGGGAUUACAGGCAUGAGCCAUUGCGCCUGGACAAGAAACAUACUUCUUGUUUAAUGAUUGUGGAAAGAAGUUCUCCUUUAGAUGCAUUGACUUGCAUAAAUUCCCACAUACACCUCAGUUAAUAUCCUCCUUUACGAUUCUUGGAUAAUAGAAAUUCUUUGUAAAACAUACUCAGAGAUGCAGUUCAUUAUUAAAUUACAGUAACCAUAUUCUAUAUUGUUGCUAGCUUUCCAUUAAACACUAUUCACACUUUAAAGGCUUAGGUACUUAAAUAUUGAUGUUUAUCUUUGUCUGGUGUUAGGCAUCAGACACGUGACUGCUGAAUUUGUUUUUUCCCUCAUCAGAGUUGUCAUAUGGAAUGCCAGCUGGGAGGACUUUGAGGGAAAAGAAAAUACAUGACAAAAAGCAGUAUUCACACAUUGUUUAAAAUAUUUUUCAUGAUAAAAUAAAACACCCAAGUUGUCAUAUUGUUAAAGUUGGAAAGCUAUAGGUUUUUCUUUUUUUUUAACUGUAGAUUUCAUGGCCAGAACACAAAUUCACAUUUCUUGUCCCUGGACAGGAAAUUGGUAACAAAAUGGAUUGUACUAUUUUAAUAACUAUGGAAACUUUUAAACUACAUGUGUUUACAUCUUGGCUUCUCAAAGCAACACGAAUCAAAGCACAGUAUCAAGGUGAGGCCCUAUGACUUAGUGUUUCAACACACACUGGAAAUUUUAAGAGAAAUUUCAGUUCUGCAGUCUCAGGAAUCAUGCUGUAUUGUCUAAUAUACUUUCAUGCUGCAGCAUGGAGCCUCUUUAAACAGCUUUGGGAUAAUUAUAGCAGCACAAAAAGGUUAUCUGCAAAAUAUUUCAAUUAUCUUGGUACAAUAGAUGACUUUUACAUCAUGUAUAUUGUUAGCCUUAUGUGAUAUAAAAUGUAUCACUUAGAAAAUAUACUUAAAGGAAUUAUUUCUAUUAUAAAUGGUAUUCAUGAUUAACUACUUAAUUAAUGCUCAUUAGAUUUCUCCUAAUAUAAAAUGAAAUGAUGCACUUUAGUUCAUUUCAGUCUAGAUGCCAAUGCUAACAAUAAUAUAUUUGGAUAAGUUUAUUGUAUGUCAAUGAAGAAUCAUUGAACUUGAAACCCAAGUCCCAUAUGAAUCUGCAGGAACAAGCAGUGCUCUGCUGGGGCAAGAAGCUCCAGAGGUCCCGGGUUCUUCCCAGGUAAUGAGAGUAUAGCUGUGAUCAAGGAAAUGUGAACUUCUCUUUUGGGAAGAUCUGAGGUAAUUAGCGUUAUAAAAGAGAAAAUGGUUUAAAGUGAUGUUGAGCAAUUGGUAAGGGUUGAAAUACACACAUUCAUGUGCUUUUGGGAAACAUGAUGUGCCAACACAUUAAUGUGCCUGAGGGUUCCUUGUGGACAGAUGAGUGUCCACAUUUCAGCACUCAGGGCAUGACUGUACACAGCCUAAGACUAUACAUAUAUAUUUUCAUUUUCAAAUGUACAAAUAUCCAUAGAGGUGAUGUUCCUAGAUAAGUCACUUAACUAUAACAGAAAUAAAUGUGAUGGCCCUACAAAGUAGAAUUUUCACUUUCAUUACAGCCAUGCCUUUAUUAUACAGUCUCCAUUUCUGUGUAAUAUUUGGAUAUCACAUAUCAAAUACAUCAGGACGUUGUUUAUUUUGGCUAACUUUAUACAAUUGCUGAACAUAGCUUUCUGAAAUAGAAAUUGUAUUAGAAACUCAGUAUGCCUGCAGCAGUAGUAGCCUAAUCCCUAGAUUCUAGACUCUAAUAAAUUUAUAGUAGUCUUUAAGAAGUUUCCUUUAAAGCAACAAAUAGAUUAUUAAGGCAAAUUUAGAUAAUAUCCCAAGUUAGCAAUAAAAUACAACCGUGUGACAUUAUAGAUUAUGUCCAGUUACUAACUGCUUUGACCAUAAUAUCCCAAUGACAAUAAAAAAUGAUCCUUGCUUUAAAAAUUAUUAAAUGGUACAUAUUUUUAUGUAUAAGAAGUGUCAUGAUCCCAGUGAUUGGAGUUGAUUUUCACGGUGGAUAGCCAUAGAAUUAGGUAAAAUUAUUUUGAAUUGGCAAACUAAAGAUAAAAAUUUUGCAAAUUGCUCAAAAUAAUAAUCUACUUACAUUUUACUUUUAUAACUUCUGAAAUAGCACUCCAUUAUCCAGAAAUCACAUGCUAGACAGCCAAUAAUUUUAUCAGUGAACCUUAGCUAAACAUGAAAAAGGCAAUCCUGAAGUUUUAUGUACAUAGUUCAUUUUUAAAAUGUUUGAGUUGCCAUAUAUUAUGUAUGUAUGUGUGUAUAUAUAUAUAUAUAUAUACACAGCUCUGUGUAUAAUAUGUAAAGUUCUCCCAAAAUACAUGAAUAUAAAACUGAAUGUAUUCAUUCAUAUAAUUUUAACUAGUAUUCUAAAAUUUUAAAUUACUCCCAUUUCUUAAACAUUCUGAAAAUUUUUUUAGUUUAUUUUAAAAGGUUUUGGUUCCACCUUGAAGCUGAUAACCUUUCUGAAAAAUAUAUGAGAAGUUAAGCUCAGAAAGUAGUCAUUAUCUUAAUUUACUUUUCUUAAGGAAAAAGGGGAGGGUUUUGGAUAGAAACCUCUUGGGAAAUUUUAAAACUUUGGAAUUAAUCUGUAAUAUGAUUUGGGCUGAGAUUAUGGUACCUGCCUUUGUCUUAUUUCAAGAGGUUUGCUGUGAGAAUUCCUGUAAUAACAUCUGUAAUGUAUCUAGAGCUCUGGGAGAAAUUCAUUCUUUUAAAUAAUGGAAUUAUAGUAUAUAAUACAAAUGAAUACUCACAAAAUUUAAGAAUACAUUUGAAUAAUAAUUCAGCAUCUGUCAGUUUUUAUGCAGGUAUAUACCUGAGGAAGAUGACAGUUCUGUAAUUUUUUAAGGUAAGGUUAUUUUUAAAUUGCAUUUUUGUUCUAGCCUUUUGCAAUUUAUAGUAUUUUAAAAAUAUUUUUCAUAAUUCAUGCUACAUUCUGUGUUCUUGGAAUGUUUUUUGAAAAAUAUACAGAUUCAAAUGUGUAUCAUGAGUCCUUAAUAUAUUAAACGGUGAAAGAAUGAGAUUUCUAAAGUAAGAAGCAUGGUUCACACCACUUUGGGAAUACACUGCAGUACUUUAAAAAAAAAAAAAAAAAAAAGUAUUCUCUAGUGAUAAAAUUAAAGACAGGGUACUGGCCAAGAUCCUAAUUCUGACGUCUGUGUGAUCUUUGAUGAAAUUUAUAUUUCCCUUUAUCAUUACUAUUCUACUUGUUAAGUGAGGCUAAGUUAAUAUUUGUCUUCGCCUUAAAUUUGUAACUGUGAUGUGACAAAUGCUGAACUGAAAAUUCUUUAUUGAAUUACUUUAUCUGUUCUCUUUUAUUUUAAAGUGUACCUUUUUCUGAAGUAAUGUAGUGAAUGGUGAAUACCACUCAGGAAUUCUUGCAGUUUUAAAAUAACCCCAAAGAUACAGUUUCAGCCAGAAGAGGGUCUAUUCUGCUCUCUUAGUCCUAAUCAGAAAGUCCCUUUUAGCUUAUGAUCCCAUAUUAAAGCCAAACCCUUAGCAGAUCUGUGCUGCCAACCAGAUCACUCACAAAUCAAACAAAAUGUAAGCAAGCAAUCCGGUACUCGGUUACACCAGAAGACUGUGAGCUUUGCCCUGGAAAACUGUCCUACUUUAUUAUCCUGAAAUCACUGCAGGCAUUUUUUUGACCCAUACCAUUAAUUUUAAAAAGCCUCUAUUUCUUUGUAGAAAGAAACAUUCACAGUAAGGUCUAGUUAGUGAACCUUAAAAUCCAGAUUUUAAUACACUUUAGUUAUUACUUUCUAAUUGCUUCUCAGUCAUUAGCUAAUAGGGAGUGGUGUGAUAAAUUUGACUUAUCGUCACAUACAAAAGUUGGUGAGAAGGGAUAGUUCUCUUCUUUUUUCCCCUCCUGGCUCUUACUGUUUUCUGAUCUCCAGUAUAAAUGGAAUGAACACAUCUAUAAUUAAGGUAAAUGCCCCUUAUAAAAUCAGAAGAUUGAGUGAUUUACUGCUUGUAAAACAACUGUUUUUGAAUCCCAUGAAAUAGGUGAUAUCGCUAACACAGAACAGAAGCCAAAAGGGUCUUAAAAUUAGAUGUCUUUAUUGUACUUCAGCCAACAGCAAGCCAGGAGUAGGAACAUGUAUAAAUAUGACAGGCCAUAUAUGAAAUUUGGCUCUCCUCCUAUCCAAGUGUCUUGGGAGCUUGGAGGAAGCCUUAAACAGGAAAAAAGUAUACUCAUCUGAUGUAUGUAGGAACUCAUCAGCUGUAAAUUACCAACGUUAAACCAGAAGUCAUUACCAGUUAUGUGUGGUUUUCAUCUUACCCUUGAAUAGCAGAGGUGGACAGUAGUGUAAGUAACAUUGCUUUAAAGACAUGAAGCUUGUCCUGGUAAACAUGGUCCAAAUGAGAAGUGCCUCCAUCAUUUCAGGUAGAAUCAGAUUUCAGGCAUAAGCUUAGCUACAUCUGUAUUUGAAAUACAGUAUAAAUAUUUCUUAUGUCUCUGUA